AAUGUUGUUUGUGAUACACAAGCCAAGUGUUGUAGUGUUGUUAUUGUGUUAUUGUGGCUCCUCUCAAGUGUUAAACUCUCUUAGUGUGUUACAUGAGGCAACACUGUCAAGCAACACACAUUAAUAUAAUCACAACCUCAAUAAUAUUAACAUAAACGCCAUUAAUUGAGGUGUUUGUUGGGCGCCGCUACAGCCUCGGAUCACCACUAUUUUCCCCAAGUUAUUUCUACCAGCAACACUGGCUUGAGAUACAGCUCCUGGACCCGCCCCUUCACUCAGCCAGUUGUGUUGGUGUGGCUUGAGAUACAGCUCCUGGACCCGCCUAUUGGGUGUACUCGACCAGUGUUUACCAGACUCGAGCUCCUGGAUUAACAUACCUACUCUUGAAGCUGUGACUUGAGUUAUCCUGAGUGUGGGUUAUCCCACUUGAGUUAUCCUGAGUGUGGAUUAUCCCACUUGAGUUAUCCUGAGUGUGGGUUAUCCCACUUGAGUUAUCCUGAGAGUGGGUUAUCCCACUUGAGUUAUCCUGAGUGUGGAUUAUCCCACUUGAGUUAUCCUGAGUGUGGGUUAUCCCACUUGAGUUAUCCUGAGAGUGGGUUAUCCCACUUGAGUUAUCCUGAGAGUGGGUUAUCCCACUUGAGUUAUCCUGAGAGUGGGUUAUCCCACUUGAGUUAUCCUGAGAGUGGGUUAUCCCACUUGAGUUAUCCUGAGAGUGGGUUAUCCCACUUGAGUUAUCCUGAGAGUGGGUUAUCCCACUUGAGUUAUCCUGAGAGUGGGUUAUCCCACUUGAGUUAUCCUGAGUGUGGGUUAUCCCACUUGAGUUAUCCUGAGAGUGGGUUAUCCCACUUGAGUUAUCCUGAGAGUGGGUUAUCCCACUUGAGUUAUCCUGAGAGUGGGUUAUAAGUGAGAGGCAGAAGAGAAGUGUGUUGAGGGAGAAGUAAGACAUGAGGCUGAUGCCUCACUAACUCUGGUCAAGACAACAUCGCUGCAGACAUGUCGUCCCACUUAGCAAACAAGAUGGCUAUGCCCAAACGCAAACGGCAAGAUGGAGAUGAAGUGGGGGGAGGCGCAUCUACCCCAGCUACUGAGGGACGACCAAAAAGACGAAGGAAUGAUACAACUUUAGUUGACACAAUACAAUACAUAUUUGAUGCAUUAAGAAACAAGAAGAAGGAUGAUGAGACGUACCUGUGUGAAGCGUUCCUUCGUGUGCCACGUAAGAAGACAGAACCUCAGUAUUAUGAUAUGAUUAAGAUACCAAUUGAUAUGCUAAAGAUUCAGCAGAAGAUUAAAACAGAUGUUUAUAAUGAAUUAGAAGAGUUUUGCAAAGAUGUGCAGUUGCUGGUGGACAAUGCCAAACUUUAUUAUGCCAAGUCAACAGAGGAGUACAAAGAUGCAUGUGAGUUGUGGGCAAUCUUCAUGGUGGCGAAGGACAAAGCUCCUGACGAGAUCAGCAAGGAGAAACUUCGUCAACAGCAGUUGGAAGAUGAUGAACGCCAUGGCAAGAGACGGGGUCGACCAACCAAGACAACAUUGGCUAUGUCAUCACCCAUGAUUCUGGAAGAGGACGGUGAGCCAAUGACUAUGGAAGAUGCUAUUGAGGAACUGUAUGGGGCUGUAAUGACUGCUAUGGACUCAGAGGGUCGUUUAUACUCUUAUGAUUUCCGGUUUCUUCCCUCGAGAAAUAAAUACCCAGAUUACUAUCAGUUGAUUGACCAUCCAAUUGACCUGAAGAUGAUAGCACAACGCAUAGUGUCAAAACAAUACAAAACUCUUGAUGAUCUUGAGGAUGAUUUUGCUCUUCUGUUUAACAAUGCAUGUACAUUCAAUGAACCAGGUUCUCGAAUCUUCAAAGAUGCCCGCACCCUGAAAAAACUGGCUCAGCUACGCAAGGGCGACCUCCUUCAGAUUCUGAAUGCAAAGAAGAGUGUUCGUCUCAGAAGUAAGAGAAGUCAUAACAACAAGCUGUGGUCGGUUUUAAUGGCAGAGUUGGAGGAAGGGAUAGAAUUGCCUCUACCUGAGGAGGACAGUGGAGGAACAGAGAUGGCCCUGGGGACUGCUCACGAGGAUGAGGAGAGUGAUGAGGAUAUUGACCUAGACAAUCCACAAUGGCAGCUUUUCUUAGCUGCCAAGAACCUUUCUUCCCCAAAUGAUCCCAACUACUUGCUAGUAGAACCAUUCAAACGUCUGCCUAAUCGGCGGUGGCAUGCUGACUACUACAUAGAGAUAAAGAACCCUAUCUCUAUGUCUCAGAUCAGGAAGAAGAUAGUGAAGGGAGAGUACCGCUUGAUAUCUGAGAUGCUGGACGACUUCAACUUGAUGUUUGACAAUGCUCAGCAGUACAAUCGGCCUGACUCCAGAAUAUACCGUGAUGCUGUGAAGCUCCAAAAGUAUAUACAGAAUAAAUCAGAAGAGAUAAUGGCAAUGGAUGAAGAGGACUCGGAUAGUUACAGUGAUGAUGACGACUCACAGUCGCACAGCAGACGUCGUCUAGGUCGUCCUGCCAGACCUUUGACAUUUAAACGUCGAGCAAAAAUCCUGUUCAAGACCUUAAUGGACUAUAUGACAGAAGAUGGCCGGCAGCCUAUUGUUGCCUUUAUUGAAAAGCCAGCCAAGAGGAAUUACCCUGAUUAUUAUGAGGUGAUAACUCAGCCUAUAGAUAUGGAGACCAUCGAAGGCAAGAUCAAAGGUGACAGGUACGCCAGUGAGGAAGAUCUCAUCGCCGACUUCAAGCUUAUGUUCCGCAACUGCCAAAAGUACAAUGAAGAAGGUUCAAUCAUAUAUACAGAUGCGACUAUACUGGAAAAGGUGUUGAUUGAGAAGAUCAGAGAGCUCAAUCAGGGUGAUGGUAACAUCAUUAAAGGGAAGGUGUUCAAGCGCAGUAAAUGCUCUUCAUAUGUGUGCCCAUCCAAAACCAUCAGAACUCUCUACAAUUCUGUACGUGAUUACCGAGACUCAGAAGGGCGACAGCUGUCAGAAGUCUUCCUGAAACUUCCAUCUAAAGCACUCUACCCAGAUUAUUAUGAGGUUAUAAAACAGCCAAUUGAUCUUGACCGAAUUCAGCACAAAUGGAAGAAUGGAGUUUACAUCACCCUUGAUGACAUCAUGGCUGACUUGACAUUAAUGUUCCAAAAUGCUUGUCGGUAUAAUGAACCAGACUCUCAGAUAUAUCGUGAUGCACUUACUCUGCAGCGCCAGGCCCUGGAGGUACGCGGAUGUUGCCAGCUUUUCAACAGAGAGAAUCAGACUGACAUCUUGGUAAAGAAACGUGUGGAGCUGUGUCAUUCUGAAUCAGUGCCUAAUGUGAGUGCUCUAGUGCAGGAGUUACUAAUGUCACUCUUCAUCAGUGUUUUCAACCAUGAAGAAGAAGAUGGCCGCUACACUGCAGAAUCUUUCUUUGAGCUACCUGAUUAUGAGGAGGUGGAUGGUAAAAAAACACGAGUGCUGUCCUUUGAUAUUAUGAAGCGGCGUCUCGAUAAAAACAUGUAUACUCGCCUUGAUCACUUUCAAGAGGACUUGUUUUCAAUAUUUGAACGUGCCCGCAGGUGUUCGAAGAUGGACUCUAGAACAUUUUUGGAUUCUAUAACGUUACAAACAGAAUAUAUGAGAAUAAGAGACGAUCUGUGUAACCACGGGGCAACUCUUCAGUCUCAAGCCUUGACAUUUACCGAAGUGGAGUUGAAUAACCAGUUGGAGCAAAUGAGAAAUCAGCGAGGGCUUGAACAGGAAGGAGAAGAUGAUGAUUCUAAGCCUCCACCGCAGCCUACAGAUGGAACUAACAACAGCAGUUUAAGUCACAAUGAAGUUCAGUACUUUGUGGGGGACUUUGUAUACCUCUCUCCUCCAGAAAAGAACUGUGACUAUCCUAUUUUGCACAUAGAGCGGUUAUGGACAAACAGUGAGGGUAGGCAGAUGGUAUACGGUUGUAACUACUACAGACCAGCAGAAACAUUUCAUCAGCCGAACCGCAAGUUUUUUGAGCAGGAAGUGUUUAAAACUGACCAGCAUCAUGCAUACCCACUCACUGAGGUAAUAGGAAAGUGUUAUGUACUGCCUCUGGUUGACUACAUAAAGAUGAAGCCGGAAGGUGUAGAUGAAAACGAUAUAUUUGUAUGUGAAUCUCGCUACAACAGCCGUAAUAGAUUCUUCAAAAAAAUCAAGUCAUUCCCAUUCAAUGUGGGAGAACGUGUCAGAUUGGUGGAGAGGCCAGAACCCUUGGAGAUGAAACGGGUUGACUCUAUAUUCAAAGAACGGGUUGAACGCCAUAAAGAAGAACUUGCUGAACUAGAUGAAGAGACUAAGGUCUUACGCCGCCAGCUUCCGAAUGUGGUAAAAUCUCAACCAGAAGGAUUAUCAGGUAACACAUAUUACGAGCAGUACAAUAUUUCCUCGGGCGCCAUCAAGCCAGGAGACUAUGUGUAUGUCCGAGGACGGGAAUUGGGCAAGAAGUCGGUCAGACAAAUAUGUCAACUCUGGGUUACGCCUGAAGGGACAGCAUACUUCCUGGGUACAGUGUUCAAAAAUGCAGCCCAGAACAACCCCAAUGGAGAGCAACUAUUUUACAAACAAGAGGUGUACCUUACUGCUGGUCAGGAAACCUUGCCUGUAUCCGACAUAAGUGGCCGUUGUUGUGUUCUCGAUGUUAAGGAUUAUUGUUCCUUACGGCCAACAGAGAUAAGUGAAAGUGACUUGUAUAUUUGUGAGAGUUUCUUGGAUGAGAUGAACCAGAGAGUGAGCUUGCUACAGAGUGGUCUGCGCAAAUUUAAACAUUCUUCUUUGACCACACGAGAUGAAAUCUACACCUUCAAGAAACCUCUUAGUUUACAAAAGUUGGAUGCUUCAAUGACUCCUCUGAAGAAGCAGCCACAGAACUAUGAAUCCUCUCCAAUGACACCACGUAUGGACCUGGAUUACGAAGACUCUAUGGAUGGGCCGCCACCUUCUGUAGCCUCCGUAGAUUCUGGCAUCAUUGCUGGUACCCCAAAAUCUACCAAGAAACCUCCAACUGGUAAACAAUUUCAACAGAUGACAGGGAAGAAGCAGAUGACAGGAUACAUACUAUUUGCUGCAGAAAUCAGAAAAAGUAUAACAUUAAAAAAUCCUAGUGCCAAUUUUGGAGAAAUAUCUCGCUUGGUUGGGAUAGAGUGGAAACGGUUAACAGAAACUGACCGCAAGACUUAUGAGGAUCGUGCCCAUCAAAUGAACCUGGAAAGUGCUGAGCGUGCCUUGAGUGGUAAUGGCCCAGACUCUCCUCAAACACCACAGAGCACUCCUCAGCAGACAACCCCAGACCUGCCUCUACCAAAUAACCCGGACGUGGUGUUUGAGUGCAUGUGGGAGAGCUGUGAUUUCAUGUUUGAGGACCUUGCUGAUCUCAGCGAUCACUUGUUAUUGGAAAGCACAGGCCAUGUCCAUAAGGUCACACAAGUAUUUGAGUGUGGAUGGCGAGGUUGCUCCAGACACAAAAAGAGCUCCCUGGCACCUUUUCCAAUGGUACAAAGGCUGGUGAGACACGUACGAGAAGUUCACAUACAGAAAAACACUGGACGUAUCAUACAGCACCAUGACCGGUCCAGGAACUUUGUAGCAUCAACUCGGCGAUCACUGCUAUCCCUGCAGCCAACCCCAGCUACUCCAGCUACCACAACAUACCCCACCUCUGGUUCUCCUCAGUCCACAGUUCAGGGACUACUUCAAGGUCGAGGAAGCCCCUACCCUCCAGGAAUGGUGAUGACCUCUUACUCUGGGCUUGUACCCAGCAGUCAGAUGGGCCAUCUACCCUAUUCACCUGUAGGUGUGAAUGGUAGUCCAGUUCCUGCAAGGUCUUUUGAUCCCAUUUUUGUAGCUCCUCCCCCCAAGACACAGAGACUGCUUCAUUCAGAAGCUUACAUUAAAUAUAUUGAAAAUUUGGACAAGCCUUUCCUCAGUAAUUGGGAGAGACAUUUGAUGGCUACUCAAGAAAAUACAGUGAUAAAUGAUUCAGGUCGUCUUCCUGCACAGUGGCUUGCUGCUGGGCCUGGUACUCAUGGCACUGUUGUUAAUGCUCUCUGGGCUCUCAGGGAGUACAUGAUGAAGGAUUCUUUGGGUAUUGCUAAAAUUUUGUGACCCGAUACAAAAUCAGAAGAUUUAAAGAAGGAAGAGGCGGGUAAAACUACAAAUCAGAGCCAGACUGCUACAGUGACAUUUCUUCCAAAGAACUUCUCCUUCACUGUCUCUACAUCUGUCAAUGAACUGGGGUAAUUUUCUGGUCUAUGUGGUCUUGCCUAGCAAAAGGGUUUUUGUUGCAUUGUUGAGUAAAAAUCUUACCCCUCUGUUGGGCAAGAGCCCCCCCCCCCACCCUUCUAAUGGGUUGGACCCUCAUGUAAACAAUUUUUGAUAAAGGAAUUCAUUCCAUUUCUUCACACUGUACAUGAUACAUUGGUUAUAUGUUGCUUGAUUUUUUUUAAAUUGUCAUUUUGUUAGAAUUUGGGGGUGUUGCAAUCAGAGGGUAAUCAGAAUCAUGAUGUCAACACACUUCUGGAAAGAUAAUGAUUAAAUUAACAUUGGUGAAUAUUUUCUUCUGUGGUUCAUCCUGCCUUGGCAGGGAGGCUGCCGUUGAGGUAACAUCAUCAGAUUAACUGUGUGUGUGUGUGUGUGUGUGUGUGUGUGUGUGUACUCGCCUAGUUGUGGUUGCAGGGGUCGAGUCACAGCUCCUAGCCCCGCCUCUUCAAUGGUCGCUACUGUGUGGGUGUUUGUGGUUUUUUUUUUUUUUGUGUGUGUGUGUGUGUGUGUGUGUGUGUGUGUGUGUGUGUGUGUGUGUGUGAGAGAGAGAGGGAGAUGUGCCAUGACUUAGCCUCUGUGUGUGCGUGUGUGUGUGCGUGCACGUGUGCACGUGUGUGCAUGUGUGUGUGCACGUGUGUGCAUGUGUGUGUGUGUGUGUGUGUGUGUGUGUGUGCACGUGUGCGUGUGCAUGUGUGUGUGCGCACGUGUGCACAUGUGUGCACGUGUGUGUGCACACGUGUGUGCGAGGUUUAUUUAUAAUUGUGUAUGUACUCGCCAAUAUGUGGUUGCAAGGAUCAGGUCAUAGCUUCUGGCUCCGCCCCUCAACUUUAUUUUUGUGUGGGCAUGCGUACAUACGUACCAGCAUGAAGUGAUAGUAUUUUUUUUAUUAUAAAGUUUUUAUAUUUCUUAUUUUGAAAACUUUUACCUGAAAGGGCAUUAUGUUUACUGUAGGUUUUUAUUUAUUGUUGUUUAUUGAAAUGUGUCCAAGUUUGAAGUCACAGUAUAGUUAGUAUGACAGUGGUGUUUGACACUGUUUUGUAUUUACAGUGACAUUAAAAUAUGUUUAAGUUGGUGUAACCCAGGAAGAUAAAUAAUUGUCUUUUUUUUUUAUGUAGGAUAGUUUCUUUUAUUUGACUUGUGAAUAGUGGUAUGUCAUUUGUUGUUUGUCAGCUAAUUCCUGUUGAAGUGAUGCCAUUCAUGUUCUAUAAAGAUUUUUUUAGAUUUUGUAUAUUCUUAGAUGUAAGUACAGCUAUCAGAUAUUCAUAGCCACAGAAUGUAUAGUAUGCAUUACAAACAACUGAGUGCAUCACUAAUGCAGCUGUUGUUUUAUUUUAGAUCUGGUAAAUGUUAAUAAUACUUUUCAUUAAUUCCAGAUCUUAAAUAUUACUUUUGUAGGUGUGCUGUUAAAUAGGAUGGUUAAGUCUGUUAUAGAGAAAAGUUGGUUAAUUAAGCAUUUCCUUUAAUUAAAUUUUUCAAUAUGAUUUGGCAUAAAGGUGAUAAUACAAGAUAGAUAAAUAAAUACACAUGGCAUUAUAUUACAAAAAAAAAAAAAUGAUUUUAGUGUGCCAAAAAACCUUAGUCAAAGGUUUCAAACAUUUCACAGUUCACUUUUAUGUUCUCUUGUGUAAGUGUAAUAUUGAAUUGUCUUCUGUAAGUGUGCUUUUUUUUUAUGCUAUUAGUGAGGAGCAAAUAUAGUAAUAAGGUUAAUCUCAGAAAUAUUCUGGCUGUAUACAUUUUUAUUCAGAAGUACAGUACUUUUAUUUUGGUACAUUUUAUUUUACUCACAUAUUAGACAUGCUAUUUUUGGCUGAUGGAAAAGGUGAGAAAAUAUAACAACAUAUAAUAAAGUAUGCGAGAAAGAAUUAAAAAAAUAUAAAAUAAUAAA